AUGUCUGAUAACAACCAUAACAACAAUAAUAAUAAUAACGAUAGUAAGGAAAAUAAAAAUUUAGAGAUUACUGAAAGAAACACUACCGAUUCCUUAUGCCCAUUAUGUUGGAUUUUCAUACAGGAGAUAAAAAAGUGUAGCGAGCUGACUGAUGAGACAUCGUCACUCAACAAUUAUCUAAAUCCUCAUCAUGCCCAGCAUCAUCGUUUACUCCUGAAACACACAACACAAAGCAGUCAAAACAAAAUUCAUAUUUCCACAUCCAAGCUGAAGCGUAAAAAACGUAAACCCCUGCCAAGAAAUGAUCAUAUUUCUGUUAUCAUCUUGGAUGAAUUAAAACGUUUCUGUGAAAAUACAACAAUUCGUGGCCUACCAAGAAUAGUUCGUUCACAUAAUCGUCAUUUACGCUUACUAUGGUUAAGCUUAGUGUGCAUACUUGUCUUAGGAUGUUUUGCUUGUAUGUUUUUCUUAGCACGACAAUACUUAGAAUAUAAUGUCAUACAUCCACCACGUGUUCUUCGGCAUGCAUCGAGUCCAUUUCCAUCUGUAACUGUUUGCAAUUUUCGACCUAUUUCCCCGGAAGGAUUAAAGUACUUGCAAAGUAAAGGUUGGAAAACACCGAGAGAAUUUCUGCUGGAUAUAGCUGCAUAUGCAGAACAUUUAUAUUAUUAUAAACAGAAACAAGCAGAAUAUAAUGCAGCGAGUGCAGCUUUUUCAUUAGCAGGCUUCUUAGAAAGUCUUCCAAAUAAUGAAGAACGUAGGAAACUAGGCUAUCAGCAUAAUAAAUUAAUAAUUAAAUGCCAA